AUGAGAACAUCAAGAUAUAUUUCUUCUUCUUCAUCUGCAAGAUUAGCUACAGGUAAUAUUAAUAAUACGAGUAAUACAUAUAUAGAUAAUCCAUUAAGAUCAAAUUCUACAAUAACAUUUGAAAAAGUUAAAGUUAUACCAAGACCAAGAACACAAUCUGAACAAAGUAUAUUAAGUAGUUUAUCACUUAAAUCAUUAUUAGAUAAUAAAAUUAGUGCAAAAGGUGCAUUACAAAAUAAUAGUAAUACUAAUAUUAAUAAAGAGACUAAUAAUAAUCUAAGUUCAUCGGCAACAACUAAUAUUCCACAAGAAGCACAGAUCGGAUUUCAAGAACCAUUUACUGAUGAUAAUAGAAUCGGAAUCGAUCAAAUGAAAGCAGGAAUGCCUCCAAUUGUAGCACAUAGUCCAUUAGAUUUACCAGGAAGUCUCUUGAAAGACGUUCCAGCUGAGAUAGGAUUAACGAUUCCAUCAAUAGCAGAACACAACAAUGAUGGUAAGCAAAUUAUCACAGGAUGUAAUUCUACAGCAACUACUACGAGUAUUGGUAAGCAAAAUUCAUAUGUGGCUACUGAUGAUAAUGAUGAACAGGAAGAUACAGAAGAUAUUGAGUCCCAUAAUUUAACAACACAAGCAUUAAGAAAAUUAUCUAUGUUGAAAAUGGGAGAACAGAAUUUAUUGAACCUUACUGAGAGGGAAAAUGAUAAUAUUGAUGAAGCGCAUAUAAGUCUCCGUACUGAAGAAGAAGAAGAAGAUAAAAUACCGACGGUUAUAGAUAAUACCAUUACCUCACAAAAUGAAAAUAAUAAUAUUCCAAAUGAAUUAUCAUCUCAAUCAAAUAGACAAGAGAUCAAGAAUAAUGAUAAUGAUAAUAUUGAUGAUGACGAUGAAACUCUGAAAUUAGGAAGAUCAGGAUCUAAUUUUACUGCCACAGUAGAUAUUAGUUCUGGAGUUGCACCAACGGGGAAUAUGACAAGUGUAAAUAUGGUACCAAAAACAAUUGUAAAUACACUAACACCUUCACCUCCACAACCUCUUCCAAGUAUACGGCGGAACCCUACACCACAAGAAUCAGAUCGAUCACUACCUUUUGUCAAGGUUGCACAAACCCAAAAUGAAGAUAAUAAUAAUAACUUGAAUAAAAAAAUAAGAUCUACACAUAUUAAUAGUAAAGUCAAUGCUAUGACAUUGAAGGGUAAUAGUAUUCAAAAUGCAUCUCGACAAUAUACGAAUGUAUUACCUUCAAACCAAAAUAGUCUCAAUAAUAAUAAUAUUAAUAAUAACAGCAACAAUUCAAUGUCCAUGAUGAGACAACCACAACAAUUACCAUUUGGUACAAGUAACAAACCAAAUAUUUAUAACACAGGUGCAUUAUCAUCAACAUCUUUAACGGCAACUAUGGGUGUGGGCGUCAAUGGUAAAUCGACUAAAUCAAUUAAACAAAUUAGUAAUCCUAAAAAACCAUUAUACAUGCCCGCUGUCUUACGUAAUGUCUCUGAAACUAAUUUGACUAAUGACGAUUUUAGAGAUCCAGGAAGUAUGGACAGUAUAACUGAAGAAGAUGCUAUGACUGAAGAAGAGCAAGAUGAAGGUAGGAGUCAUAAUGACAAUGAUGAUGGUAUUUCUGGUAUUAUUGGAAAUGAUACCAUGAGUUCAAAUGGUAGUGCACGAGACUAUUUGUCUAUGUAUUCAAGAGGUGGAAACAUCAAUAGUCUUGAUCGUCAUUUAAUCAAUAACACAGACGGCCAACAACAUGGAAUAACACUGUAUCGUACACAUACAAACACUCAAUCAAGUAUUCAUUCCACAGCAAGCUCUAUAUACAGUGCAUAUCGUCAACGGUUCCAAGAUCUGGUAAAUUAUUAUCAUAAGGAUACAAAUUCUACUACUGGGAGUCGGUCGACGAACAAACAUCAUAUCAACAAACAACCUACAAGGGUACAUUGGGUACCUGACUCUGAACGUGAUACUUGUCAUGCAUGUCAUACACGAUUUAGUAUGUUAGAACGUAAACAUCAUUGCCGUCAUUGUGGAGAAAUUUUCUGUCAGAAGGAUUUGCCUGAUAUGAUCUAUUUGAAUAGUGAUGCUCAAUUUUGUCAAUUAAGACAAUUUGGUGGAGGGGUGUUGGUUAAAGUUUGUCAUGGUUGUUAUAUUGCUAAUGAUGAAUAUAUGCAAGCGAUUAAAUUGAAGAAAUUGAAAAGAAUGGAAGAACAACAAUUACAAUUACGAAAGGAACAACAAAAUGGUAAUAGUGGUGCAACAGAUGAAUAUAUGCCUAUUCGUAGACGUAAUGGACAACGUAGUGUUGAAAAUAGACGUGAAAGUGUAGCUGGAAGUGUUCCAGUAGAUUGGAAUUGGAGUAGUUUUUAA